AUGGAAGACGGAAGACUCAAGGCCAUGGAUGCACAAAGGUUCGAUCCCUCGAGGCAACACACCAUGCAACUUGUCACCAACUUCGACUUCCCCUUAAAGAGAAAUAUGGGCCUUGUUUUCUCUGCGACGACUCAGGAUGCACAGCCCAAUUCCGUGAACGACCGAGUUGGGGGAAUCUGGCACGACUACGACUCGGUCCCGGUAGACCUCGUAUCAGCUGGAUCCUCUACUUUAGCCUCGUCACAAAGUGACACUACCACGGAUUCUUCUCUCGCGUUCACAUUCUCUUCAUCUGAUUCAUCUCCCGUCUCAUCAUCUCUUACCCUUGACGAGGAACAGAAUUCAUCUGACGUCCAGCGGAUUGAUGUAUUCGAUAGGGAUGAUUUCAUCAUCACGCGCACCGUCAUUAUGCCUACCCCUAAAACUCCCUUAUUGGCCCACCUCCCUUUUUCGCGGCCCACUAGCCCCUUCUCUCGCCCUACCAGCCCAUUUUCUCGUCAAGCGAGCCCAUUUGUGAAUGCCCUCAAUUGCUUUGACACAUCCAAUGCCUUCGAGGAGGAUGUAGGUUUCGGUCAAACCGAAAGAUAUAAAGAUUUCAACGGAUGUGGUGGCAUCGAGGUUGUCGUGACACAGACGCACGAGCAGUUUAGAGAAGAGCUUUGGAGAAGACCACUUCAGCAGCUCAUGUACGGACAACAGCCUCAAGAAGAGGGAAUUCGGUCUGAAGUGAUGGCUUGUCCUGUUUAAACAGACUGCCCAUAGAAGCUUAUAUUGUAUUCUUGAUAUAUUACAUGGAUACGCUUCAUUUUACUUGUAUUGUCUCGUACGCAUCACGCCCUU